CCCCGCCCCCGCGGGGGAGCGGAGAGGCCCGGCGGGGAGGGAGCUGAGCCGGGUAGGGCCGCCGAGUUCCGCCCCAGCAGCUAUGGCAGCGUAGCGAGGUCUCCGCGGCAGCCCCGCUCGGACAUGGGCCUGCCCCGGGCCGGCGGGCUGAGGCAGCGAGACCCCGCGGCGCAUGUUGUAUGGAUUGCAGUGCUCUGGGAGGUCAAACAGUAAUGCCUCAUUCAUCAGCUACCUUGGUUAGCAGCUCAUGUUUUGGAAAGGGCAUAGAAAUUUCUUCAGAUCAGAAAAUAAAAAACAAUAUUGAUAGAGACUUCUGAGAAGCUGUACCAUCCUAGAAGGGACAUAAGUAACAACAUUAACAUGCCUGCUGUGGCGUCUGUACCUAAGGAGCUCUAUCUCUGUACUUCACUGAAAGAUCUCAACAAGAAGACAGAAAUAAAACCUGAAAAGACCAGUACAAAGAGUUAUGUGCAGAGUGCCCUUAAGAUUUUCAAAGCAGCAGAAGAAAGCAGAUUGGACCGAGAUGAAGAAAAAGCUUAUAUCCUAUAUAUGAAAUAUGUGACUGUUUAUAAUUUUAUUAAAAAGAGACCUGAUUUUAAGCAGCAGCAGGAUUAUUUCCAUUCAAUUCUUGGACCUACAAAUUUAAAAAAAGCUGUUGAAGAAGCUGAAAGACUCUCAGACAGCCUUAAACUCAGAUAUGAAGAAGCUGAAGUUCGGAAGAGACUCGAAGAGAGGGACAGACAGGAGCUGCAGAAAAAGCAAGAACCAAAAGAUGAUGGAAAGAGUUCAGCCAAAAGCUCAUCAGAAAGUACAGCAGAUUCCAAAGGAAAAAGCCAAAAGAUUAAUGGUGAGAGCAAGCAUUCACUGGAAAGAAGGGAUCAGUCUGAAAGUCUGAGUGGAGCAGUCACAGCUGAGAAACUGUUUGCAAUGAUGACGGACAAAAGCAUUGAAUUGAUUAUAAUGGAUGCUCGAAGCUCAAAGGAUUAUCAGGAAUCCUGUAUUCCAAGAUCUAUCAGCGUCCCAGAAGAAGCUAUCAGUGCUGGAGUUACUGCUAGCUGGAUUGAAGCUAGACUCCCAGAAGAUUCUAGAGAUCAAUGGAAGAGGAGAGGACACUUUGAUUAUGUUAUACUCUUGGACUGGUUUAGUUCUGCAGAAGACGUAAAGCUAGGAACAACUCUUCAGAGCCUGAAAGAUGCGCUUUUUAAGUGGGAAAGCAAAACUCUACUGAAGAAUGAACCUUUAGUUCUAGAAGGAGGUUAUGAAAACUGGCUCCUUUGUUUUCCCCAGUAUACAACAAAUGCUAAAGUAACUCCACCUCAGCAUAGCAAGAUUGAAGCAGUAACUGUUUCCUUGGAUUUUACAUAUCCAUCUUUGGAAGAACCAGCUCCUGUUCCACCUGUUGCCACUAUAAAGCCUUCUCCAACCGAAGGGAUUGAAAAUGAAGAAACAGAAGCUAAUUUGGAAGAGAGACUAAAAUCACUUAACAGACCAAGCGUAGAGGGUGCUGCUGUUCCAAAACCUGACAGUUCAUUUGUAGUCAAUCCCGUAUCUAGUACAAGAAGUAUCCCUGAGGUUGAUCGCACUAAAAAGCCUACAAUAAAAAUUCCUGAUGAUAACAGACCAAAAUCUGAAAGCACACUCAGUGACAGCCAGCCUAUUGAGAAUGGACAAAUAGUUCCAGAUCGGUCCACAAAACCUGUACGUGAUGUAAAGAGCACCCUGACAGAAGAAGAAAAAAGUCAUAUACAUGCAGAAACUGCUGCCCUGUUAGAGAAAAACAAAAGAGAAAAAGAAUUGCGGGAGAGACAACAAGAAGAACAAAAAGAAAGACUCAAGCGAGAAAAAGAAGAACAAGAGCAGAAAGCAAAGGAAGAACAGAGAGAAAAGGAACACAAAGAAAAGCUGCAGCAAUCCAAAGAGGAAAGAGAACAGAAGGAGAGAGAUGACCAAAUAAAAAGAGAACAGGAGGAAAAGGAAAGAGUGCGCAAAGAGACAAUAGAAGCAAAAAAGCAAAAUAAAAAUGAACCAGAAAACAUCGGUGCAAAAAGGAUGGAGAUUGACAAAGUAUCUGUGGAAGAAAGAGAAAAGGGAGCUCGAACACCAGAUAUGCAGAGACGUGUGCUGGGUGAUGCAUCUCAGACUUCUGUGUCUGUUCCAGGCAAGCAAACUGGGGUUAAAGGACAACCAGACAGUGGAGCUCAAAAGCCAGGACCCCUUAGAGAGGAUUCUGAUCAAGAUACUGAAAGACUUAAAUCUCAGCGGGAGCCAUUGAUGAGAGCACGAAGUGAAGAAAUGGGAAGGAUAAUACCAGGACUGCCUCUGGGUUGGGUAAAGUUUCUGGAUCCAAUCACUGGAACCUUUCGUUACUAUCACUCGCCAACAAACACUGUUCAUAUGUACCCACCAGAAAUGGCUCCUUCAUCCACUCCUCCAGCUACCCCACCAACGCAUAAACCCAAGCCGCAGGUGACUAUUGAACGAGAACGGGAACACUCCAAACUGAAGCGCUCCUACUCUUCCCCAGAUAUAACCCAAGCCAUUCAGGAGGAAGAGAAGAAAAGAAUUCCUGUAACUCCUGCAGUUAAUCGUGAAAAUAAACCAAUCUAUUACACUAAAGCAGAAAUUUCAAGACUCUCUGCAUCACAAAUUAGGAAUCUUAAUCCUGUGUUUGGGGGAUCGGGACCAGCUCUUACAGGACUUCGUAAUCUAGGGAACACUUGCUAUAUGAAUUCCAUAUUACAGUGUCUGUGCAAUGCACCUCACCUGGCUGAGUAUUUUAACAGAAACUUGUAUCAAGAUGAUAUUAACAGGUCAAAUUUCUUGGGGCAUAAAGGUGAAGUGGCUGAAGAGUUUGGAGUAAUAAUGAAAGCUUUAUGGACAGGACAGUAUAAAUAUAUCAGUCCAAAAGACUUCAAAAUUACAAUUGGGAAGAUUAAUGACCAAUUUGCAGGAUACAGCCAGCAAGACUCCCAAGAAUUGCUUCUCUUUCUAAUGGAUGGCUUGCACGAAGACUUAAAUAAAGCUGACAACAGGAAAAGAUACAAGGAAGAAAAUAAUGAUCAUCUUGAUGACCUCAGAGCAGCAGAACUAGCCUGGCAGAAACACAAACAGCUCAAUGAAUCCAUCAUCGUGGCACUCUUUCAAGGCCAGUUCAAAUCUACAGUGCAGUGUCUCACAUGCCACAAGAAGUCCCGGACCUUUGAGGCUUUCAUGUAUUUGUCACUACCACUUGCAUCCACUAGUAAAUGUACACUGCAGGAAUGCCUUAGAUUGUUCUCCAAAGAAGAAAAGCUCACUGACAAUAAUAGAUUUUACUGUAGCCAUUGCAAAACUCGAAGGGAUUCUUUGAAAAAAAUAGAAAUUUGGAAAUUACCACCUGUUCUUCUAGUGCACUUGAAACGAUUUUCCUAUGAUGGAAGAUGGAAGCAAAAACUUCAGACCUCUGUAGAUUUCCCAUUGGAAACUCUUGACCUUUCACAGUAUGUUAUUGGUCCAAAGAAUAACUUGAAGAGAUACAAUCUAUUUUCAGUAUCAAAUCAUUAUGGUGGGUUGGAUGGAGGGCACUAUACCGCCUACUGCAAAAAUGCCUCAAAACAGCGCUGGUUUAAGUUUGAUGACCAUGAAGUGUCUGAGAUCUCAUCAUCAUCUGUGAAAUCCUCAGCUGCAUAUAUUCUCUUUUACAGUUCUUAUGAACAGCGAGCAGUGGACAUGGCCACAUAAAGUAGCAUGGGUUAAGAAAACUGGUUUUCUUUUUAUAAGAGCAAAGUAGGUAUUGGAAGGCGCAUAAAUAUGCAAAACUAUGACAAAUGUAGUCACUUAAAGUUACGGGGAUGGUUGCAGCAGCUUCUCUGCAAGCAAGCUCUUUCUGGUCAGUACUCUUGCUUAAAUCAGACUGAUUAAUAAUGCUUGUGGUAAUACUGCCAUCUGUGAAACCAUUUAAAAGCAUACUUGCGUUACCAUUUAUUUAACAAACAACUAUAUUUUUAGUCUGCUCCAAAAUUGAAUUCUAGCUUAGUCAUCUGAAAUCUAUUAACAAGUAGUUUAAAAUGUCUUAAAAUCCCAAGGCAUAUCUUUAUUUUUAUCUUUUUCUUUCACUAUUAUGGCCUUUUCACAUUUCUAACCUUAAGCUUGAUUCUACUGUGAAUACUCUAGAACGAUGUAAACAGUUAGGAAUGUAAGUGUACAUAUUGAUUGCAUACUUGCACAUCAGAACUAUGUAUAUAAUAAAAUGUUGUCCUUUUUGUGAGAAACUCUAAAAAUCAGAGGAUUGCUUUUCUUUGCCAGCUCUAAGUAAUUGCAACACUAUUUAAUAAAAAAGGCAGAGCUGUAUUUUUUUUUUUGUUAGCUUUGGUCAAUAUUUGUGCACAUCAGAGUUAUUCUAAACAAACAAGAUUUUUCCUUUUUAAUUUUUUAAUAUAAAUUUUUCAUGUAUACAUGCAUUAAAGACCUUAAUGAAGAAAUGAUUUAAAAAUAUAUCCUAUUAAGUGUAUAUUUGAGUUUGUUUUCAUUCUCAACUAGUUCUGUAAUGGUCAGAAUUCUACAUAACGACAGUCUAAAUCAUAUUCACACGGUUUAAAGGCUCUUCAGAUGAAAAGAAUACUGUUUUGUCUAGAACUAAUUAGUCUAGAAAUUGUUUUAGCUGAAUCUUGUGCAUUUCCCUGGUCUGGAUUUGGGUUAGUUUUCCUUUCCUGAAUGGGUUGGCAUUCAAAGAUCUUGAAUCAGUCUGAGUUUUUAUCUGUCUACAUGCAUAUAUAAGCAACAGAGAAACAAGAAUUUUCAGGUAAGCAAAUCUGUAUGCUCAGCAUUUCUGAUAUUUUGAGGGAUGUAUGAAGUUUGUCAUGAAAAACAAACAUUAGACACAGUGGAUGUGCAUUUCAUAACAGGCUUGGAAGCUCUAACUCCAGCCCUCUCUCUAGAAAUUACUUUCUGCAAUACCACAAGCAGAUCAGGUAGCAUGAAUACUCUGGUUUAUUGAUGAAACAGAAUUUAGCUGAUUCUGCCAAUGAAUUCUAAUUGCAGAUGUACUCACUGUUGUUUUUUCAUGACUUGUUGCUUCCUUUGGGUGCAGAAAAGGCCUGACAGGUGUAGAACAGGAGAUAAGCUCUGUCAGUCUGCACUGAGGAAUUUGGGAUCUUGGUGAUCUGUGAAUCAUCCAGUACCAGUUUUUGGUGACUGAGUGCUUGCAGAAUGCUGUGUAGUGGCCACCAUCCAGAAAAACAGAGUGUAUCUGUAACGAACAACACGGUCUGUUAGAACAGAAGGCUCGCUCUCUCCUAACAGAGAAAGUUAGGAAUUGGCAAUCAUUUUCUGUUUGCAUUUGGAAAAAGAGAGUGAGAAGAUUCUAGCCCCCUUUGGCCUACAGAACAGAAUAUGAAUUCAAAUAAAUGCUUUAGAAUAGAGCAAACAGACACUUCAUAGAUGAUGAUUAUGCAUCUCUAUUCUGCAAUAUUAAACUUAGCUAUUAGCUCUGAUACAGGCCACACUUGCAGAGAGUAAUGGAAGAGCCCACUGAGUCCUUGUUUAUGGCCAGGAUCCUUGCAGUAUCUGCUGAAAAGGCUGAAGGCUGCAACCAGGUGUUAGUGAUGAGGAGUGCAUGCUUUUUAAAACUGGGCUGCAGUAGGGGAAAAGAGAGAGAGGUGGUUACUUCUCUUCUCUGGUUCAGUUACAUACUGUCACUGUAUUAUAUCCCUGGCAGGAGAAAAUUAAAAUUUGUAGGAAAAACUUGCAUCCAUUGAGAGAAAUGCACAAUAGCAGAAGCCAUGUAUGAUAGGUUUAACAUUACUUAUACAUGUUAAGCUAAAUUAUAAUUCUAAAAUCAACUCUCUAUAUAGUUUUAUAUAUAUGUAUGUGUAUAUAUGGACAUGUUACUGAUAGACUGUUAGUCAAGCAAAGAGGGACCAUCCUCUCUCACAUGUUCUAAACUGUUUGAGGCAGGAAACCAAAUGCCCUUUUUUCAUUAGAGUGCGUACGUAUCAGCUUCUUACUGAUGAAAACUGUGUUCAGUUAGUGAUGGCUUUGUCCAGGAGGCACUUCAGCUCAAGAGAUGCACUUGCAGUCAGAACAGAGUAUGGAUAGAUCGGGAAGGUUGGGGGAUGCUGGCUGUUUUUUUUUUGUAUGUAUGUUUGUGUGCUUUUUAAAACCACAGAAUUUUUAAGUGCCUGGAACAGAGAAGACUGUUGCUGUAAUUAAGUCUAAGCUAACACAGGCUUGCUUUGUCUGCAUUAGGUAAGGCAUGACAAAUAAGUUUGGAAAGGCAAAGCUCACCACUAGAGCACACAAGCUGUACUCUGGGUUCUUGUGGAAAAGUGGGGAACUCUGGAGAGAGAUCCAAAUUGCUGAGUGGAUAGCAGAUGUCAGCUGAGAGUUUCCUUUUGUAGUUACCUUGCCCUUCAAACCUGAAAUAAAAUUUUGAACUAUUUUAAA